CAGAAAGAGAGGUUAGGUUUUUACCUCUUACCAAUGUGUUUUUAUAAACAAAUACAUGUGCAUAAUUAAAAGCAAAAAAGAAAAGCAUAUAACACGCAUACAAAGCCUAAGACCGAAUCAAAUGGAGGAAUACCCCAUGAACCAUAUGGUGCGACCCCAGGGCUUCAGUUUGGAGGAGCUGCGUCAGACUUUGGGUCAGUCCGUCAUUCGAGAACAAUGCUACUUCAUCUAUGGCACCUGCAAUGUUCUCGAGAUUAUCGCAGGAUUCGAUGAACUGCUCAACCAGGAGGAGAUUGAGUUCGGAGCGGAGCAACUGGCUCCGGUGUAUGUGACCGGGAUGAUGGUAUAUCUACUCAAUCACGAGGAUAUGGCGGCGACCCAGGUGAAGAGGACACUAUUCCUGCAGAAGUGCUUCGAUUAUCUGGCCUGCACUGAGGAAACGCACAUCCACCAGAUAUGCGUGUAUAUCCUGGGCCUUUUGGAUGCCAACGACUCGAGCGUAAUGCUGAACCUGAUCCUCUGCUGCCGGGUGGCCAGUCCACUGAGCACAAUGGCCCGCGUGGUGGGCAACUGUCUGCUCUGGGCCAUGUUGGAUCGCCUAUCGGACUUGGGCCUGGACUCACACCGAUUGCGGGCAUCUGGGACUCUGCUGCUCGUCGUCGCGGUGGUGAAGCCCCGGAUUUACGUUCAAUCCUAUCUGCAUGCCCUGCACCUGGUGGUCCGCUUGGUGUCCAGUCUCCUGGUGGUUGGACCACUCGGUGCACAUGGCCAGCAACUUUGCCAGGAAACCGGUGUGCCGGAAGAACUGAUGCAACUCUCCAAGGAGGACUCCUCGAUUUUGGUGCGCUGGCUAAUCGCUAUCGUUGAGGAGCUGCGUCCGCAAAUGGUGCAGAACGAGGAUCUGGGACACCUGCAUGAGCGUCUGGUGCUCCUGGAGGCCAUAUGUGAGCUCAUGCAACUCCUGCAUGGCCAUUUGGUUAAGUGCUACCAGGAAAGAAAAGAUCUGGCACCAAAGUAG